ACUCAUAAUUAAGCCCCACCCACCUCAACAAGCAGACGUGACGUCAACGCGUUUAUAUAAAAGUCGUCCGAGGUGAGGAUUCGUUGUGGUUUAAACGUUAGUUGAUACGAUCGAAGUUGCAAUAAAAGACAAGAUAAGACGGGAGGGGAAAAUGACCAUGAAUUGGAAGAUCGUCGUUCCUUUGCUCGCGGUGACAUUCAUCGUGGCGAGCGUCGAUGGGAUGCCGGGGGGCGUCACGGACGCAAAUAUGAACGACCAAACUACCAAAGACGCACUGCAGUUCGCCGUGGCCGAAUACAACAAGGCAACAAACGAUCUGUAUGUUAGGCAGGUGGCCAAAGUUGUCAAGGCUCAGAGACAGGUGGUAGCUGGGAUGAAGUACAUCUUCACAGUGCAGAUGGCCAGGACCCUGUGCAGGAAGGGAGGCGUGGUGAAGGACUGCGCUGUGCAUCAGGACCCAGCUGCGACCUACCAGUGCAUCUUUGAGGUGUGGAGCCAACCCUGGCUGGGAGCGAUCCAGUUGAUCAAGAAUGACUGCCAGGCAUGAAGACCCAAAGGACAGAAGACUUGGUCUAGUCUUCCCCAUAACUAGUGUCAUGUAUUACUAAUGCUGAUCAACCUCUGACUAUAUCAAACAAGAAUCCAACUAAUACUUUUCUUUAGUGUGGGAAUGCGUAAAGUAACUUUGUCUUGAAAAUGUAGUAUUAAAAUGGCUUGUUAGCUCUAUGCAACAGUUGAACUAAAUAAAUAAAUGGUUUGUUACAUCUA